AGAGAUAGUUGUGCGGACAUCUUGGGCUGUGAUUGAGAGGAGGUAAUGGCAACCACCAGUGAAACUGGAGAUAGACUUGAUACUCGAAGGCUUGAGGCAAAGAAACAAACCUUAGAUGAUGCUUACGCAGCUCCAGCGAAUUUCCUAGAGAUCGAUGUUGUCAAUCCUGAGACGCAUGGAGUCGGUAAAAAACGGUACACCGACUAUGAAGUGCGGAUGAGGACAAAUCUCCCAGUUUUUAAAGUCAAAGAGUCAUCUGUAAGGAGACGGUACAGUGACUUCAAAUGGCUAAGAGGAGAGUUAGAACGUGACAGCAAGAUAGUGGUACCUCCUCUUCCAGGUGAUGCAUUUAAGAAGCAAUUACCAUUCAGAGGAGAUGAUGGAAUUUUUGAAGAUGAUUUUAUUGAAGAAAGAAGGCAAGGUUUAGAGGCAUUUGUUAACAGGGUGUCUGGACAUCCUCUGGCCCAGAAUGAACGUUGUUUGCACAUGUUCCUUACAGAACCCAUUAUAGAUAAGAAUUAUGUCCCAGGAAAAGUGAGAACCACAUAAAACCCAAUGGAGCAUUAUGAGCAAUUAUUCCUUGAGGUUCAAUGAUCAAACAUCAAUGAGAGAUUCUUUAAUCCUUGUAGCCAUCAUAAUGUUUGGCUGCUCCAUUAACCUCUUUUGAAUCCUGCAGUACAAAGUUAGUUUAAGGUUUAAGAAAUUACAAGAAUGUGAUCAUUAGUGAUUUAUGAUAAAAUCAUUUAUUGGAUGUCAGUGCCAAAAAUAUUUUUCUUGAUGGCUUAAGAACUAAAGGUUUGCCACAUAUUUUUAGAACAGUUCAGGAUUAAAUAAUAUAUACUUAACUGUAACUAAUUCAGGCAUUUCGAGGCAUAAAUGAAAAGUAAGUGCACUGAUAGAUAGCAGCAAGAAACAAGGCUUAGUGGCUUAACGAAGAUUACACAAUAUUCCAUUUUUGAUAUGUCCAAAGCCUCUGUUGUUAGACUUUGAUAUAAAAUUGGUUUAAGGAUGAUUUUGCACUUGGUUUCACCUUGAAAGUGAUGGUUUUCAGAACUCAGAAAUGGCCUUUUUUUUUAAUAAAAACUCCACAGUUGAUCUUAACGCUUUAACUCUUAGAAGUGAUUCACAUGGAACUUCUUCAUACAAUGUCCAUACACUAUCCAGCAAACAGGUAAUGAGAAUACUCAAAUGUAUCAGGUAGUUGUUAUCUUGAUCUAAGACCAAAUUCUUGUAAUUAUCUUACAAGGAAAUGUGUAGAAACUAGAGGGGAGAAUGAACAAUCAUUUCUUGGUAGUGAAAGGGUUUUAAUCGUAAUAUUAAGGUGGUAUUAGAAGAUCAGGCAUUAUCCAGACUUGUCAUCAUGCUUAUGCACACUUAUCAGGAUGAUAUGCCAAUGCUUGACAUCCAGUACCAAUAAGCCAAAUGGUGCCUAACAAGAAGUCAUCAUCAUUACCAUAAUAUUACAACUAUGUUUUCUUUGAAUAUUGAAGAAAUAUUAUUAAUCCACUAAUGUGAGGGUGUGUGCUCGGAACAUCUUGACUCAUCUGUUACUGCAAGAGCUUUACAAUGCUUGAGCAGAAAUACUUCUGUCGCUGUAAUUAUCAGACUUAAAUGCAAGUGCUGUGCUAUGCUUUAAGGUGAUUAAUAUGUAGCAAUCUACAAUAUUUCAUAACUGAAAUGUAUUGGUGCAUUUUUUAAAAUUAUAGGAAGUACUGAGUGGUGCUAUACCGCUAUGUAGGAUGGUGAAGGUUAUUUCUAUCUUCCAUUUUUAUUAAAUCAAUUUUCUCACAUG